AUGGUACAAAUGAAGCGGUCGUGCUCUGGCUCGCCUCUCCCCUCUAAGCGCGUUCCUACAACCGCUUGCCUUACAAUUGAUGCUCUUAAGGAGCAUGACCAAAACGCACGCCCCUAUAAGCGGCAUACCAGAAAUCCCGGUGCUUUCCCAUCCACCCGCUCCUCACAACGGUCACGGUCCAGCAGCCCAUCCAGGCUAAGUGAUGCGCAAUAUCGUUACAGACUUCUCCGGCGUGCGAAUAUUUUUGUUGACGAUGAUCUUCCCAUCGACAUCCAGCAUCAUACAGAUAAUAAGGUUUUCUGUGUAUUAGAUGCUAACGAUGAUAACUUAUACAAGGUCUCCGAGAAGCUCUGGAACAAAUCUAAAGAACUGCUAAAACCCGGUGGGCUCGAAAUUGCGCGCAAUCGAGACUGGCGUGAGGAUCUGAAGCCUCCAGUCUAUAACCCUAUUGCUACCAUCCCGCGAAAACGAGACCGGUCACAACAGAUCGUACCCGGUAGCACAACCACCGACAACCUUUAUAAAUCCCCCUCUAUCAACCCGGCUGAACCAACCAUUCCCAUAUUCAAAGUCAAAGAUCCACGUCCAGAUAUAGGUGUUGGUUUGUCCGAUGAGAACUUAGCAAACGCCCUUGUACCCAAAAAGGACCGUAGCAUCGCACGAAGAUUUCUAGUUGACCUGCAAGAGACCUCCAGCCUUAUCAGUGACCCCCAUGUGACACCUCUUGGCCUUCGAUUUCCCUUUUUGGUAGUCGAAGCAAAGGCUGCUGCAACUGGAGGAAACUUGUACCAGGCACAGAACCAAGCUGCAGUAGGUGGUUCAGCAGCACUCCAGAUCUUCAAAAACCUCUCGGAUCUCCAAGAUAUGGACGAAGGCCAAGGAACCACCGAAGACAGUACUGUGGUGGCCGAAGAUUCGCCUAACGCCAAAUUGUGCCUCGCUUUUUCUGUCACCACAGAGGGUCCAAUCCACGAGUUAUGGCUUCACCUUCAGAAACCUCGAGAAGAGGAUUUUUUAUGGUGUAGUUCAAUGAAUUUCUUGCAGCAUCUCUUAGCUGUAUUAAGAUGGGGAAAUGGUGGGUUAAAAGAUAACAUUAUAAGUAUUCUUCAGGAUUUGUGAUCUCUCCGUCGCCUGGUUGGAUAGACGCGAUAUAGGUUAGCGCGUCGACGUAAUGUAACCAAUGGAUGUUGGAACGAUACUGCGGGCAGGCACUUCACCAGAGCCUUUGCCUGCUAUAUAGCUUCUCCCUAGAGACCUUCCUAGUCCUAGC